AUGAAGUGGAACGAUGGCUUGACCGAUCACAAUGAUGACUUGGAGGAGGGGAAGGAACAGGAUAAUACUACGGAAGUCGAGAUCCAAGUAUCAGACCCGGUUUGUAACCCGAUAGAAACGGCAAUUGACGAAGUGACGGAAAGAGUCGAUGAAGCCGAGACUGCGCUUCCCGAUGGAGAAUCCAUUACCGAGUCGCUAGGUGAACCAGCUGUGGAAGCCGAGUCUGGACUUGUUGUACCUCGUCAAGAGAAAUCUAGACAGCAAAAACAGCGGCGAGGUCCGAAGAACCACUUUGGUCAGGGUGAAGGAAACGACGUGGAGAUCGCAAGUCUGACGAAGAAGUUGCAUCAGGCAAAGAAAAUCAACGCUGAGUUGCAUACCCAACUCCAGAGAUUCUACACGAACGAUGUCGUUAUUCAGGACGAUUUCCCUUCCAAGAAGCGUGCACUACAAGAGGAGUUGCGCGUCUGUAAGGAGAGAAUUAAACAGCUGAAGGAACAGAAUCGAGUAGCCGAUGAGAAAAGUCUCAAACUGCACCAACAGAGCUUUGAUCUGGCAGUCAAAAACAAGGGACUAAGCGAGAAACUUCGCUUGCUUGAAGGCACGUCAUGUGUGUUACUACCAACCCCCUCCAGUGGUUGUUUAAAAACAGGAGCUCCAAUUGGUGGCCCUUCAGUUAAAGAGGUUCAGACCAUUCUCACCAGCCAGGAAGAAGAGAUCACGCGGCUGCACCAGCGAGCUGCGUUGAUGAAGAAACGCCACAAGGCCGAACAAGCCAAGUACGAACGAUUGCUGAAGACUAGUCAAGACGAAAUUGACAGCACUCGCUUUGAAAUGGAGCAGUUUUACUUGCAAAUAUUUGCUAAAGAGCGUGCAGCUCGAGUGCAGCUCUUGCACAUGAAGAAGCUUAAACAUGCGUUGCAUGAGCUAGCGAACAUGCAGCAAACCAACCAGCGAUUCCAGCCAUUCCUCGCAAAUCGAGAAAUGCGAAUUAUGAAUCGGAGCAACAAUAAUAAUGCUCGUCACCACCAAGCGGGGCCUCAGUCUUCACAAAAAGGACCAGUGAUAAAGGCUGGUCGAUGGAUCACUGAAGCACUGCACCACCUUGGAUUUGUGAUGCCUGCCACCUCCCAACUGGAUGAACUAAGCAACUCGUCGGCUGAAAAUGUUCCUGAAGAGCAAGUCAACAUUCCGGACAAUUGCAUCCAAGGAAGAUUGGUUCCGGUCCCGCCUUCUGCAACUAGAUUUGCAGUAGGUACAAGCAGUGCCCGAUCCCAGCUCUACAACGGCUCGAAUGACAGCACGAGAAAAAACGGUGAUAUCAGUGACGUGAGCGAAGAAUCCAACGGCGAGGACGGUGAAGAGGACCAAGUCACGACAGUAACACCCGCGAGUACGAACGCUACAGCGCAGGUGCCUCAUGUGCCAGAAAAUCCCGAGCGAAGGACUAUCCUGACAAAUUAG